UCACAUCCAUUUUUCAAACUAUUAAUUUGAGUCAUGCAUCUGUAGGUGAUGCUCCAUUGUGCAAUCCGAUUGGUUUUAUCUCAAUAUUCUUAUUAUCUUUUUUGAUGAGUUUUGUAACUUUCAUAUCAUUUAUAAAUUGGUAUAAAGUUAAGAGAGAUAUCGAAUUUAAUUCCGGUCGAUACGAUUAUAUAAUAUUCUUAAUUUCAACUGGAUUUUCUAUAUUUUAUACUUCACUAGGAGUGAAUAAAUAUGGCAAAUUACAAUAUUGGUGCGGGGCUCAAUCAGACCAAAACCAAAAAAAAAAUAAGUCAGUUCUUUACAUCAUUUUAGUCAUUAUAAUAAUUCAUGCGUUAUCAUUAUUGACCUUUUACGUAGACACUCGUAUGCAUUUAAGAAAAUUUAAAAUCAAUCAAUUAUCUUUCAAUGGACAAAAUUUACCAACUGGGGAUAAUAAAUCGUAUGAAAGAAUGAUUGCAAAGAAAGUAAAUUCAUAUACAUUGGUCUAUAUUUUUCAGUUGACCCUUUUAAUGCUUUAUAUCAUUAUUUCAAUUGGUACAUCUGAAAAUACGGCAGUCAGUUUAAUUCGUAUUCUUGGAAUUACUAUCGGUGGUUUAUUAUUAACAGUUCAAUAUAUUACAAAUGAAGGCUGGAAAGAUAAUCCAAUUCCAACUCAUCCUUCAGAAAAAGAUCUAUCACAACGUAGUCAACGUAGUUCACAAAUAACUGCGUCGUCAAUACGAGAUUCAGACAGUCAAGUUCGAUUGCCUUUCACUAGAAUUCAAGUUGAAAUUGUUCAACAAACAACGACACAACAAGAUGAUGAUUGGGCCAUUUAAUAUACGUAUAUUGUAUACGUGAUAUUUUUUUUUAUACGGGGGAAACAGUGAACAUUUAAUAAUCUUUUAAUAAUUGAAAAAUAAACAUUGUUCAAAGUUAAAAGGUUUUUUUUAAAAAAAAAAUUAUUCCUACUAUGCUCAAAAAU